AUGCAUUCCCUCGCCGCGCUCUUUGCCGCGCUCGCGUCCAGCGCCGUAGCAUCGUAUACAAACAACCUCAACUACUUCUCACCCUCACCGCGCCACCCUUCGCUCGGCAUAUCAAUCCCAAAGGUUGCCGCACGCCACCGCCUUCACAGCCGUGACCUCUCGAAAACGGCAUGGGAUCCCAAGACGCUCGAGUUCUCCCACGGCGUCGCGUCGGGCGAUCCAGCCAUAGACAGCGUCGUGAUAUGGACUAGGGCCGCCCCGAUCGGCGCCGAGAACGACGAUAGCAACGUCACCGUCUCGGGCGGCGUACCUAUGUACAGCCACGAGACGGACAGGUGGGUUCAGGCGAGCGCCGCCCCGGUCUGUCUCGAGUGGAAGAUUGGAAACGACGCGAAGCUGGAAUACCCCGUCGAUUCGGGCACCGUCUACACCAGCUCGGAUAUCGACUGGACCGUCAAGGUGAUCGCGAACAACCUGUCGCCCUUUUUAACACACUACUACCAAUUCAACAUCUGCAACUCGGACAACAAGUCCCCGUUGGGGCGAACCAAGACGCUCCCCAAAAAGACCUCGGGCUUGAGUACAUACGUCCGCCACAUCAAGAUUGGAGUAUAUUCCUGCAGCAACUACGCGCAGGGAUUCUUCAACGCCUACGGCAACGCCGUCAACAAGGACUCGAUCGACUACGUCGUCCACCUGGGUGACUACAUUUAUGAGUACGCAAACGGCCACUACGGCUCGGGUGACGAGCUGGGCCGGGUGCCAAAGCCAAACAAGGAAACCCUCACCCUGUAUGACUACCGCACGCGCAUCGCGCAGUACCGGACCGACGACGGCCUGCGCCGCAGCCACCAGCAGUUCCCCUGGAUCCCCGUGUGGGACGACCACGAGGUCGCCGACAGGCUGUACAAUGACGGCAGCGCCGAGAUGAACAACACCGAGGACACGUUCGUCAAGGACGGCGGGGUCUCGUUCGCCCAGCGCAAGGUUAACGCCGUGCGCGCCUACUUUGAGUGGAUGCCGAUCCGCCAGGUCGACAUGGACGACAACCUCCGCAUCUGGCGCAGCUUUACGUUUAGCGAUAUGUUCGACCUGAUCAUGCUCGACACGAGGGUGUACAACCGCUCCAUCACGGACCUGUACUGGAACACCGACGACAUCAACAAGAUCAAGGGCGAUACGUCACGAUCGCUCAUGGGCCCGAAGCAGGAGGCUUGGUUCUACCAAACGCUCAAAGAAAGCGUGACCAGGUGGCGGCUGAUCGGUUCGCAAGUCUUAUUCAGUCACACCGUGACCGGGCCAAACGGCAAGGUCAAUCUCGAUGCAUGGGACGGCUACGAGGCCAACAGGAACCGCACCUUUGAGACGCUGUACGACGGCGCGGGCAUCAAGAAUAGCAUCUUCCUCGCGGGCGACUCGCGCGUCUCGUGGGCAUCGGAUGUCGUUUGGGAUGGCGUCAAGUCGUACAAUUCCACGACUGGCGAGGGUGCCAUCGGUGUCGAAUUCGCCGGCACUGCAGUAUCGUCGUCGAGCAGUAUCGUCGGUGAGAAGGGAACACUGGCGGCGGGAAAUGCAGCUGCAGAGACGCUGCAGGGUAUGAACCCUGCGCUGCAGUGGCAGGAGUCUUACUUUCGUGGGUACUUUGAGGUGGAUGUCGGUUACGCCGAGGUCAAGGCCGAGUUCUUUGGCACGCCGGACAUCAGGAGUAAUAACGGACUUGAGAUCUCUCUGGCCAACUUUACCGUCGUGGACGGAGAGAACAGGUUGCAGAGGGACCCCAACGGCAAGGUUGGUGGUGGUCGAGUCGAGGCGGGGAGUUUAAAAGGAGGAGAGACGGUGGCGACGAGUUUGACUCACGAUACCAAGACGGGCGAGUGGAAAGUAAUGAGUUGGUAA